GGAGCCCAAGAGCAUGAGCUUCAGGAGCAUAAGGGUCAGAACUAGAGCCCACACAAGGCUUUCGCUCGAUAUUAAAGUGCUCUUUCUCUUUGUUAGCAAGUCUGGGGAAGCAAAAUAGCUCAUGGGAGCAGAUGAUCUCAGCAAGAGAGAUCGUCUUGGUUAACAGUUGGAAAUGACUAGCAAUUGGUGUUUGUUGGGCUCGACCUGGUUGCUGGAUUCUUGUGUUUCUGCUUCUAGUGUUGUGAUUGUCGUGAGCACUGCGAUGUUUGGAUCCAGUAAAAAAGAAUGAAUUGGGAAAUUCGUUUUCAUCUGGAUGGCCAAUUAGACUUGGUGCUCACAUUAUGGUUUCCUGAUAUUGUAAUAUCCAAAGUUGAAAAAGGGUGCUAUGCUUUUCCCUUUGCUUUAUUGCAGACUCAUUCAGAUCAAUCAGACUCUUGGAGAAAAUUGUACAGGACUAUAUGCUCACAGAAUAAGGUUAACAAUGGGAAUUGCAUUCCCCAGGUUAUCGUUUAUCCAGUAAUUACCAUACAAAAACCAUAAAAACCCACAAAUCUCUUGCACAACAACAGUAGGCAAUGCAUCACCAAAAUAGAUCCGGAGCCAGUAAUCUAACGUCAAUGAAGCCUUACGCUAGCUAGAAAUUGAGAAUCAACAUGAGGACCAACAUGAGAGCCAUAAACACAAACAGCUCUGAUUAUCCAGAUAUUACAAUGUCCUCGCCUCAAUUCCUCCGGCAAUACUUCAUGUAGCUGUUAUCAGCAGCUGUAUUUCCCUGGCUAUUGUUUCCUCCCCAAUCGUCUUGCCAGUGCUCUGUUUCUGAGAACAAAACUCUACCCAUUGCCUCCUGCUAACUUUAUUCCUCUUAUUCUCUUUGAUGCUGCGAUUCUGCUUGCUUUUCGGAUAAGGCCCGCAGCGAAUGC